ACAAAUGGCGUGCCAUCGCUCGGUGCAUGGUAUCUGAGAACAGGGCGAGAAGCGAAGACACCGGGCCGGCUCAACUCUUCAAUCCGAGGCGGAAACUUGGGACCUUCGCUUGACCGAGAAAGAGCCCACAGCCUUCAAACGGUGAUCCGGCACCCUCUGAUUGCUGCUACGCAGUUCGUACCACGCUCGUAUGAGAUCUUUCAGAAUGAAGCAAACGUCAGCCGCCACUCUUCCACAGAUGCCCCGCACUCGGCAAUGACUGCCGAAGAAGAUAUUAUUGUUCUUGAUCAUUAUUACAAUACUCUCUCGCGCAAGGAAAGCUUACAGCAUGGCGACAAAGUAUGGCUUCAUCGGCCUUGGAUCCAUGGGCUAUCCCAUGUGCACAAAUAUCCACGCCAAAAUCCCCGCAGAUGAUGAGCUCUUCAUCCACGAUGUCAACACCGCCGUUCUCAAUCGUUUCGUCCAAGAAAGUAAGGCCAAAGCGAAGGUCACGAUCCUGGACUCUGCCAAAAAGAUCACGGAGCAUUGCGACAUCAUAAUCACCAUCCUCCCUCAAAGCGAACACGUGCGACAAGUCUACUAUCUCGGAGACAACAAUCUCCUCUCCGCCGACAAAUCCAUCACAGCGAGCCAGCGGCGAAAGUUGUUCAUCGAGUGCAGUACAAUCGACCCGGUGGUCUCGCGAGAAGCAGGCAGCAAAGUCCUCGAAAGCGGCCUGGGCGAGUUUGCCGAUGCUGCGGUAUCGGGCGGUCCCUUCGGCGCCAAAGCAGCCACCCUCUCCCACAUGAUCGGCUGUCCCGACGCCCUGUUCCCCUCCGUGAAAGCCGUCGUAAGCAUGACCGGCACCUCCCUCUUCCACUGCGGGCCCGUAGGCAGCGGCGUUACGGUGAAAAUCAUCAACAACUACAUCUCCAUCUGCAACAUGCUGUCCGCCUCCGAGGGCCUCAAUCUCGGCAUGCGCCUCGGCCUCGACCCGGUGAAACUCACGGACAUCAUCAAUGCUAGUUCCGGGCGCAGCUGGACGACUAUGUCGAAUCACCCUGUUCCCGGCGUGCAGGCUGAUAGUGUGGCGUCGCGCGGGUAUCGGGGUGGGUUUGCUAUUGAGCUUGCGGCGGGGUGUGUGGAUCUUGCUAUGAAGGGGGCGCGGGAUGUUGGGGCUAAGAUGACGUUAGGCCCGAGUUUGCAGGGGGCGUUUCAUGCGGCUAUGGAGGAUGAGCGGUGUAAGGGGUUGGAUGCGAGGAGUAUUUUUCGGUGGGUGAGUGAGAUGGAGGUUGGGCCGGAGGCAAGCGGAGGGGCGUCGUGAUUUAGCAGGCUUAUUGUCAUAGGCAUAUGUAC